GUGUUUUGGUCGGAGAAGGUGUGGAUUCCGCCCAAUACUACUUGGGCUCAGUAUGAAGACAACUACCGCCACUUCAAUGACAUCUACUAUUCACUCAUCACUGCUGUCCUCCUCAUCGGAGUGCGACUCACCCUCGAGAGGUAUAUCUAUGCGCCGAUCGGCAUAUACUUAGGUCUGCGGUCCAACCACGGCAAGAGUCCGCCGCAUAACCCCCUCCUCGACACCGCUUUUCGCGCCUCCAAAGCCAAGUUUAGUCACAAACAGAUCCAAGGAUUAGCCAAACAAUUGGAUUGGAGUGAACGACAGGUGCAGAGAUGGGUGCGUCUGAAGAGCGCACAGAAUAGGCCGACAGUGCUCUCGAAGUUCACUGAAAGCGCGUAAGUAUUGCUAUUGAUGCCUGUCCUAUGGAUGCCUGUCCUAU